UCCGCCCGCGGCUCAGUUCUCCCGCCUCCGCCUCCGCCGCCGCUCGUGGAAGUCCCGCCAUGGCUCUGUCACGGGGGCUGCCCCGGGAGCUAGCCGAGGCCGUGGCCGGGGGCCGGGUGCUGGUAGUGGGCGCGGGUGGCAUCGGCUGUGAACUCCUGAAGAACCUCGUGCUCACCGGCUUCUCCCACAUCGAUCUGAUUGAUCUGGAUACUAUUGAUGUCAGCAACCUCAACAGACAGUUUUUAUUUCAAAAGAAACAUGUUGGAAGAUCAAAGGCACAAGUUGCCAAAGAAAGUGUACUGCAGUUUUACCCGAAAGCUAAUAUUGUAGCUUAUCAUGACAGCAUCAUGAACCCUGACUAUAAUGUGGAAUUUUUUCGACAGUUUAUAUUGGUUAUGAAUGCAUUAGAUAACAGAGCUGCCCGAAACCAUGUCAAUCGGAUGUGUCUGGCAGCUGAUGUUCCCCUCAUUGAGAGUGGGACUGCUGGUUAUCUUGGACAAGUAACUACUAUCAAAAAGAAUUUUCUUUCUGUUUUUUUUUUUUUUUUUUUCAAGCUUUUUAAAGAUGACAUCAGGUAUCUAUUGACAAUGGAUAAACUAUGGCGGAAAAGGAAACCUCCAGUUCCGUUGGACUGGGCUGAAGUACAAAGUCAAGGAGAGGAAACCAACACAUCAGACCAACAAAAUGAACCCCAGUUAGGUCUGAAAGACCAGCAGGUUCUAGAUGUGAAGAGCUAUGCAUGUCUUUUUUCAAAGAGCAUUGAGACUUUGAGAGUUCAUUUAGCAGAAAAAGGAGAUGGAGCUGAGCUCAUAUGGGAUAAGGAUGACCCAUCUGCGAUGGAUUUUGUCACCUCUGCAGCAAACCUCAGGAUGCAUAUUUUCAGCAUGAAUAUGAAGAGCAGAUUCGAUAUAAAAUCAAUGGCAGGGAACAUUAUUCCUGCUAUUGCUACUACUAAUGCAGUGAUUGCCGGGUUGAUAGUAUUGGAAGGAUUAAAGAUUUUAUCAGGAAAAAUAGAUCAAUGUAGAACAAUUUUUUUAAAUAAGCAGCCAAACCCUAGAAAGAAGCUUCUUGUGCCUUGUGCACUGGAUCCUCCCAACCCUAAUUGUUAUGUAUGUGCCAGCAAGCCAGAGGUGACUGUCCGGCUGAAUGUCCAUAAAGUGACUGUUCUCACCUUACAAGACAAGAUAGUGAAAGAAAAAUUUGCUAUGGUUGCACCAGAUGUUCAAAUUGAAGAUGGGAAAGGAACAAUCCUAAUAUCUUCAGAAGAAGGAGAGACAGAAGCUAAUAAUCAUAAGAAGUUGUCAGAAUUUGGAAUUAGAAAUGGCAGCCGGCUUCAAGCAGAUGACUUUCUUCAGGACUACACUUUAUUGAUCAACAUCCUUCAUAGUGAAGACCUAGGGAAGGAUGUUGAAUUUGAAGUUGUUGGUGAUGCCCCAGAUAAAGUAGGGCCCAAACAAGCAGAAGACACUGCUAAAAGCAUAACUAACGGCAGUGAUGACGGAGCCCAGCCUUCCACCUCCACAGCGCAAGAGCAAGAUGAUGUGCUCAUAGUUGACUCAGAUGAAGAAGGUCCUUCAAAUAAUGCUAACAACGAUGAUGAGAGAAAUCGCAAGAGGAAGUUAGAUGAAAAAGAGAACAUCAGUGUGAAGAGGUCUCGAAUGGAACAGCGGGAAGACCUUGACGAUGUCAUAGCCUUAGAUUGAAAAGAAACCAUUGCCCUGUCGGCUCAUCUGGGCACAGCCCAUUUGUUACAUCCUUUGUUCCAAAGGGAAAAUGUUGACACCAGUGACUUGAAAGUGAUUCUGCUCCCUUUGAAAGCAUUCAUUUUGCUAGAGCUAUUAGAAACAUUGCAGUAUGCUGUAUUGAAAGUAGGAAUAUAGUUUUUAAACCCUUUGAACAAACUGUGCAUAACCAGUUGAGAGAUAAAACAACACAAUGCAUGUUGCCUUUUUAAUGUAAAUACCCUUAGGUAUCAUUUAAUAGUUUAAAAAUAUUGUGGUUUAGUAAAGUUGAUACCUGGUUAUAAAUAUUAUGCCUUUAUUUUUGGCUAGAAGAAGAAUUAUUUUUAGCCUAGAUCUAACCAUUUUCAUACUCUUAACUGAGAAAGAUUCAAAGAAAUAUCAAGUGCUAUGCAUUGAAACCUGUUUUUAAAUGUUAAAUGGCGCUAUGUAUAUUAUUGUAAAACAAUGUUAAUUUACUCAGAUUUUCAGUUUUUACUGCCUGAUAUGUCUGUGUAAGAAGCCAAUUUUUGUGUAUUGUUACAAUUUCAGGUUAUUUAUAUUUGAUGUUUUGUAAAACUCAAAUUAACGAAUAUACUGUACUAUGGACCAAAUAAAUGGCAUCUGCAUAAUUGUUACAAUGCCUGUACAGUU